AUGUUUUCGUUCGUGCACGUUAUUCUUCUUGUGGCUAUCAUUGCCCGCACGCAAGCAGUCAAAUGUUACAAAGGACUUGGAAACGAGAAAUAUUACCCACCAAGAUGGGAGAAGUGCGCACCGGGGAAAUAUUGUUUCGUGAGGGUAUUCAGACCACUCGGAGCGCCAGAUAAUACAGCACAGUACAGCUGUGACUAUACCGGGCUGGUAUGCAGGAAGAAAGGCUGCGAAAAAGUGGGAGGCGUCACGACUUGCUGCUGUGAUUCUGAUCUCUGCAAUAGACUAAAAUGAGAUAUCUACAGUACCAGUACCUGUAGUACCUCCAAAUUCUGGGCUUUUUU